AUUUGAAACAAGAGCCCGUGAUUGCAAAUUUGUACCGAUUGUUGGACUAGCAGGAAGAAUUGAUAAUACAUCAAAGAAUAAAGGAAAGCUUUAUUGCUUCCUUCCUUUACCUGAAACCGAGGAUGAUUUUUCAAUUUCAAUUAAUGGUUGCUUUGCUGUCAGCAAAAAUAGGAGGCAUCUGGAAAAUUCAAUGACGAAUGAUGAUUUGGCAUCAGAUGAUCUAUUGCUUCGCAAGGGGUUAUGGAAUAAAUAUUUAUUUGAAGAUAUUAUUCCAGUAGCUUGGAAAAGAUUUUUGUCCGAAGUUAAAAAUUACGUAUCAUUUAAUGAAAUCUAUACAUUUUGGCCAAUACCUAUGAACGGAUAUUACCGAAAUUUAGAUGAAAAACGUUGCUUAUGGGCUAAUCUUUUACAGAAUGUCAUUAAUCAAUUAAAUCCUGAUAUGCAAGUUUUUCGUGGCCCUUCAAAAUAUUUAUCAAUUAACAAUGGAUACUUGGCUGCUAAAACUUUUGGAAGAUUUUCAGAAUUAUCAAAAUUAAUGGCCAAGUUAAGAUUUCCAGUUUUUGCAGAUAUUCCAGAAUCAAUUGUUGUUAAAUUAGAAAAAAGUAUUCUUUCAAGAAAUUUAAAAUACAUUACGCCAGAGAAAGUUUGCGAACAUCUUAAGUCUUUAUAUGAACAUACUGAUCUUAAAGAUUAUGAAAAGUUACUCUUGUUAGAAUAUAUUCUUAAAGUCAAUUGUGUCAGCAAUCUUCAUCAGCUUCCCCUUCUCCCAAUCGAAAAUAAAUCUUUUGCCACUUUUAAACCUCGGACUCGAUUUGAAAAUUAUUAUAUUACCAGCAAGAAAGAGCACAUGCUCAUUGAUAAAGGUUUUAUGGGAAAAAUUGUGGAUAACACAAUUGGAAAUGAUCUUUUAGCAAUAUUACAAAAUUAUGCAAUUAAGAAUGAAAAUAUUAAUAUUGAAAUUCUUUCAGAAAGCGAAUUUGCAAAAAUUCUCAGAGAAAAUAUAAAGUCUUAUAAUGAUGGAUCUUCUGAAAGCUCUAAAGAAAUAAAAAUCUCGAGAAACAAAUUACAAAGGAUAUAUGAUAUUUGGGACCAUUUGCAACAAACUAAUAGAAAUUUGACAGCAUUUUUAGAUGUAUAUCUUUUACCAAUUGAUAAGAGCGAUAAUUAUAACAUUAUAACUUUGAGAGAAUUAGGCGCAGGACCAAAAUGCUUAUGCCGCUCAGCUAACAAUAUAUCAAUAUUCCGAGACAUUAUUCAGAUAUUAUCUUUGUUAGGUUCUAUAUUUAUUAAAGUUGAUUCUGAACAACUUUUGAGAUAUGAAAAGCUUAAAAAUUAUGUAAUUGAGGUUGACAAUAUCAAAGCUGUCUUAUUAUCUCUUGGAGAAUAUCAUUCUUUCCCAUCGAAUCUUGUCCAAGCCAAUCUUGAUAAUUCACAGAGAAG